AAACUAAGCGUGCCUCCCAGUUUUUAUAACAAUUUAUUGAGACGUAAAAGCCGAAACGUUUAAUGGACACGAACCCGAUAUCUAAGUGUGUUUAUAGUUUUAUAGCUUGUUCAUUGUAACAGGAGUUAAAAUGAACGGGAAUAUGAUCGGUCCUGGUCCGUACCGGGCGACAAAGUUGUGGAAUGAAACCAUCACGCUUUUCCGUGGUGGGAUGCCGCUAAGAAGACACUGGGCUCAUUUUCGGAGUUACGAUAAAAGCUUCACCGGAUCAGAGGCCGUCGAUUAUCUCCACGAACUGCUCAAGCGGAACCAGAACUUCGGACCUGAGGUGACCCGCUAUCAGUCUCUACAGCUGCUCAGGAAGUUCCUGAAGAACCACGUGAUCGAAGACGUUAAAGGACGCUUUGGUAAAGAAGAUUUUGACGACAGCGGACGUUUAUACAGAUUUCCUCCACAGUCACCGCUCAAGCUCGUCCCUCAGCGUGUCCCACUGGCACAGAUGGACUUUGUUCCACAGACGCUCCGGUGGGAUGACUGCGACGACAUACCUGCACCCUCGAGCAUACCCAUGAAGCCGCUUGUUUUGAAUUCUGAGACCUGGAACAAGAGACACAGUAUUGCUAUAGGAGAAGUUCCUGAGUGCAAACUGAUUCGGAGGAGAGACGUCACGCCAAAGCACAUGGACCAGAUAUGGAAGUCAAUGACUCUGAACCGCUUACAGAGCAUUCUGGGACUCCAGUCUUUGGAUGGCGUUCUGGAUGCCAAGCUCUUGAGCCCCAAGCACAUCGUCUACAACGUGUUCAGCGUCAACAAACAAGGCAUCGUUGUUCUGAAGAACAAAGCAGAGGAUCUUCCUCACUGGGUUUUAUCUGCCAUGAAAUGCUUAGCAAAUUGGCCUAACGGCAAUGAGAGUAAUCAGCCCAUGUAUCCCGGCUUUGAGCGAGAUGUUUUUAGAACGGUAGCCGAACACUUCCAGAGAUUAAAGGAGCCGCUGCUGACAUUCCAACUGUAUGAAAUUUUUGUCAGCAUUCUGGGACUCCUUCCACGACGGCAGAUUGCGGUUGAGGCGCUGCAGGUCUCCUGCCUCCUCCUGCCUCCAGCUAACCGACGAAAGCUGCAGCUGUUAAUGCGCCUGAUGACUAAAACCUGCCACAAUCAGCAGCUUCCUCCCCUCAACGAUACUAUAGGAACACGCACCCUGAUGGUACAGACUUUCUCCCGCUGCAUUUUAUGUUCAUCAGACGAAGUGGACCUGGACGAGCUGCUGGCCACCAAACUGGUCAACUUCAUGAUGGAUAACCAUGAGAAUGUGCUUACAGUCCCUUCUGAGCUGCAGAGAUCGGUGCAGGAGCAUCUAUCCCACUUGCGUAGAGCUCAGAUAAAGUACGCAGGCGCAGACACUGACUCCACGCGGGAAACGCCAGCUCACACUUUCUGCAGACAAAUCAGCAAGCAGGAGUUUGAGGAGCAGAGAGUCACAGGCUCCCAGGGAGCGAUAGUGGAACUACUAGAAGGGCUCAUUCACGACAAGGCCAUGUCUAUAAAGGACAAGAAGAAGAAACUGAAACAGUUCCAGAGAUCCCAUCCUGACAUCUACCGCAGACGCUUCCCGACACCCGAGAGCGAAGCUGCAGUCUUUCCAGAGAGGCCUCAGAAGCUCAAACCCCAGCUGACAUUCUUCACCCUGAAAAAGAAGUCUGUGCAGCCUUUCCAGAGGAGCUGGAGCUUUCGUGCUUGAACCAGAAAUUAUAGUUCACUCAUCACAAAGACAAUUAGUACGAAAAACAACUGUCUACCGAGCCACGGUUAUCAGCCUGUCGCUUCCAGGUAGCGUUGUCUGUUUAUAGAGCUGGAGUUGUUCCAGAACUCAUUUGUAUGAGUUCUGGAAUAUUCCAGUUUUUUAAUUACACUUGAACAAAUGACACUGAAUUACUGAUUACCGAGUUUAAUUCAUCUCAUUUCGUCAUCAUGAUUUCCAAUGAUGACUGCUUGAAGUUAUUUAUCAGAGGACGUAACACCCGAUUAAAGGAUGGAGGUGCCAGUUUAUAUAAUUUCACUUCUUCCUAUACUAAUUCACCGUCACUCUGAAUUUAUCUAGAAAGCAGGGGUGUGGUCUGCUGCCUGGUGCAAAUUAUUAUUCGUUAGGAUAACAGUGGUCACACUGCUUUUUCUCUCUCUCUCUCUCUCUCUCUCUCUCUCUCUCUCUGGCUGCUAGAUUGUCUCAUUAGCGAUGUUCAGGUCACUUCCAGGUCCACUGUUGCCAGGCUUGUGUUUUGCUCGUCUCCUUGUCGAGACACAGCUCGCCUUUCAUCUUAUCCCUUAAACAUCACCCUCUUGUAACAGACACUAACUAAAUCACCUAUGAAGAACUCAAUUUAAAUACUUUUUCUUUAGAUUUUGGAUCUUUUUUUCUAUUCAUGCUGCAUCAGUAUAUGUUUGUAUUGCAAUUGUACAAACUCAUGUCUGUAUUUAAAUGAUUUCAUUUCAGUGUUACUUUUUCACGUUUUCUGCUGAGGUAUUGAUCAUUUUUUGUGUGUGAUCCGUUUGUAAAAUGAACAUUUACCAUGCAUUAGGCUGUUUUUCUGUAUAUUUGUAGCAUUUGAAAUGCUGGAGUUACUGUUACUGUCUGAAAUGUUGUAUUGUGAUCACAUGCUGUAAUAAAACAAAACUGUAUGAAGAAAUUACUUGAAAAUUAAAAAAAA